GAUGAUACCAAACCCGCUAAACAUCGGUGGGUGGGUCCUGCAAGCUGCAAUUCCUUCUCCUUCAACUUGCUGCAUCUCACACACACACACACACUAUUUCCCAAUCGUUGAUCACUCAGAGAAAACAUGGGAGGUGCAAACAGAAGAUCCAAAGGAAAAUCGAGAUCCAACAACACCACUGCCACCAGCGCCACAGCAAACCCUAAAUCCCGAAGAAGAGGCUCACAUGUUAAAUCUGCACUCUUCGUCGAUGGCGGUUUCUUGUCUGAUUGGCAUCUCCCCUCUCCCACUCACGAUUCAGGGAGAAGUUCUGGCUCCAAUAACAAAUCCGGGAGCCAGCGUGGAGCGGAAGCCUCUGCAUCUAAGAGUGCCAUUGCGAAAUCUUCGGGAGCUACUAUUGGAUACAAUUAUCCUUCACUUCAUGUUCAGGAGGUGGCGAGUGCUGGGACUGGGUACAACGGUGAAGAUAAUAAAUUAAAUCAGAUGCAACCUUUUGUUAUGGCUGGCUCCAAACAGAGUCAGAUUAUUGCUCAUAUAGACCAAACACCUCCUUCAAAACCCAACUGUGUGAAAUAUAGUUACAGUUAUGGUGAGGAUUUUAUUUUGGGUGACAGCUCUCACAGAGGAUUAGGCUUCCCUGCUGAACAAGACAAAACCCCAAGUGACAUUGGCACUUCGCCCGAACAAUCAACUCCAGUUUUAGAUUCAUCAUCAUUUGAGAAGGAUGCCGGUUCUGAUGAGGUUAUGGAUUGUGAGUUAAGCAAUCAAAUGAGUGAAGACUUGCCAUCAAAUGUGUCUGCUGAGAGAAAUUCAGGGUUUCUGUCAAUUGGAGGUCUCAAAUUAUACACUCAAGACAUAUCAGAUAACGAAAAUGAAGAAGAUAUUGAUGAAGACUCAUCAGAUGAGGACAGAUAUGUGUCUUCUGAGGCAGAAGAAUUACUUGGAUCAUCUGAAAGCAAUGAUUCUGAAGACACAUCUGAUAGUGAUUUAGACAUUGAUGAAGAGGUUGCAAAAGAUUAUUUGGAAGGAGUUGGUGGUAGUGACAACAUCAUAGAUGCAAAAUGGUUGCUAAAGCCUGAUUUAGAUGAGUCAGUUGAUGAUAGUUCUUCUAGUAGUUGCUAUGAUGAGGCAUUGGAGAAGUUGAGUGGCUUUGCCCUUCAAGAAGCCUCCAGGGAAUAUGGCAUGAAAAAGGCUCAACCAUGGAAGAAACAUUCAGUCAAUUCUGGACGUCUAGCUUUGGAAGACCUAAUGCUGGAAAAGGAUCCAAGAACCAUCUCUGCUAGAAAGAAGCAUGUUCCUCGGUUUCCUCACUCUUGGCCUUCGCAUGCUCAGAAGAGUAAAGCUUCCAAAAGAAUUCAUGGUGAAAAAAAGAAACUUCGUAAAGAAAGGAUUGCUGUAAAGCGCAGAGAAAGAAUGCUGCAUCGUGGGGUUGAUCUUGAGAAAAUUAAUUCGAAAUUAGAACAAAUCGUCUUGGAGAAAGUGGAUAUGUUCUCUUUUCAGCCCAUGCAUUCUCGGGAUUGUUCACAGAUACAACGGAUAGCAGCAGUUUAUCAAUUACGGAGUAGCAGUCAAGGUUCUGGCAAAAAAAGAUUUGUGACAGUGAUGCGAACACAGUAUACAUCCAUGCCAUCUUCAACUGGUCGACAGCGCCUGGAAAAGUUGUUGGGAGUUGAUGAUGAGGAUGCCGAUUUUGCUGUUGCUGACUGUGUUAAUAAGAAAUCUGUGAGUGGAGGAGACAGAAGACUGGGAAAGAAAAUUGCUAAAAGGAAUGAUUUUAGAUUACAAGAACUUCAAUCUGCCCAGAACAAGUCAGGCAGCAGUAAAAAAGGCAGUAAAGUGAAGGACAAGAAAGGGAGUGGACAAAAGGGUUCAUAUGCUAAUCAGCCCGUGUCAUUUGUAUCAAGUGGCAUAAUCCAUUCAGAAACUGUACAGGUUGCGGUUGUUGAUGCUCAAGAGACUUCUAGGAAGGUUGUCACCAGCUCUGCUAAUAUAGGUUCAUUUGAGGAACACACCACUGGUUUUGGUUCAAAAAUGAUGGCUAAAAUGGGAUACAUGGAGGGAGCAGGAUUGGGGAAAAAUGGUCAAGGUAUGGCAGAGCCUAUUGAGGUUGUUCAAAGGCCUAAAUCACUUGGUUUGGGCGUAGAAUUCUCCAACAACCCGACUGAGCCAAGUCAGCCAACCAAGAACAAAUCAUCUAGUUCUAGUAUUGGUGCUUUUGAAAAACACACCAAAGGCUUUGGAUCGAAGAUGAUGGCAAAGAUGGGCUUUAUUGAAGGCACAGGAUUAGGUAGAUCAUCACAAGGCAUUACCUCUCCGUUGACUGCUGUUAGGCUACCAAAGGCACGAGGACUAGGUGCCAAAGGUUAAUUUUACGUCAUUUCUUUUCUGUCUGUUGCUAAUUGUGUAUAUUGUUGGCUUAAAAUCUUAUGACUCCUUUGUAGUUUCCAUCGCAUGACCAUCUCCUUUGUAGUUUAUUUCUAGCUCCUAGUUAUUUUUUUCCCUUUUUAUAGGAAAAAAUAAGAAAACUCGGAUAGAGGACAUGUAAUUAUGUUCAAGAUACUUAUGUUGAAUGUGGUCAACUAUUGGAUGACCACGUGGAAUUGUAUCUUCUUCCAUUGUCC